AAAUGUCCACCAUCAAACUGGAAACCUCGGACGGCGUCAAGUUCACCGUGAAAACCCAGGUGGCCAAGUGCAGCGGAACCAUCCGGACCAUGCUGGAGGACAUCGGAAUCAAUCCCCAGGACGGGGAGGCCAUCCCACUGUCGAACGUCCACUCGACGAUCCUGCAAAAAAUCCUCGUUUGGGCCGAGCACCACGUGGACGAUCCGGAACCACCCCGGGACGAUGCGAACGCCGCCAAACGAACCGACGACAUCUGCUCCUGGGACGAAGACUUCCUCAAGGUGGACCAGCGGACACUGUUCGACGUGAUGCUGGCGGCCAACUAUCUGGACAUGAAGCAGCUGAUUGCGGUCUGCUGCAAAACGGUGGCCAACAUGAUCAAGGGCAAAACUGCCGACCAGAUCCGGCGGACGUUCAACAUCGAGAAUGACUUCCCGCCCGGGGAGGAGGACAAGAUUCGGCUGAGGAACCAGUUCUGCGAGGAGCGAAGGUAGAUGUCAAUAAAACGAAAUUUG